GUUGCCUGCAACGGAGGAGUCCAACCUGGGCUAGUCCAGCUGCUGCAUGACUGUAGUCACCAUUGCAUUGUUGACACUCUGGGUUCAGUGGACCAUUGACCGACUUUCUAGAUGAGGAUGGCCAGUGUGGUGGAGCAGCCAUCUACUGGCACACACAGUGAAGAAAUCACCGAGUAUGACUCGGAUUCUACCACAAUCAACAAUGAUUUGGAUGAAUACACAAGUGACACCGGCUUAGAGGAUGAAGAUACUGAGUUAUACCCAAGGAAUGAGGGUAGAGGAAACAUCCCACAAAGGUCUGGUGUACCUUUAAGUAGACCGAUAGAGCUCGGCCACCAACCACAAACUAGAGCCCUGACAAUUGCAGAGGAAGAAACCCAGCUCUUUGCAUCACAACCUCUUAACCCUCUAAGGAGAUCAAAUGAACAAAGAACUCAUGAUGUUGGAGCAACAUCUAAUCAUCCGAUAGUUCAGAAUGAAAGAGUCGCUCAACCUGGUUUAGAAUCUCACCAACCGGAGGAACUAAGACCUGUUGACGAACCACCAGAUGCCGUAGCAUGGUCAUUGGUUCCACGAAGUGAAGGAGAUGAAAAUAGUGAAUCACUUCUAAAUGAUCACCCACCAAGAACAUCAACCAUCCAAUCAAAUAGAACCACUGAGGCUCCAUCAACAAGUAGCCAAUCACUUCUUCAUAUUCCUUUGCCAGAUGCUCAUUCCCUGUCUCAAAGCAACCAAUCACAAAUCUCCAUUUCAAGAGAUGCUAAUCCAACAAACCAAUCAGAACCACAGGAUUAUGAAGAAGCCUCAGAGGUGAUUCAUGCUCCUAAUCAUCGCAACCGGAUAGUUUUAGAUUCCCUCGAUGAUGACGAUGAACGACAACACCCGGCAACCAUUGAUCUAUCGCAGUUACUAUCCAACCAAUCAGAGACCGUCGUUGUACUCGCACAGCGCCCAGCCCGUCGUCGAAUUGCAGAAAUUGUUAUUGAUCACGAUGAUGGAAGUGACUCUGAUGUCGUUGAUCUUGCAACUGAUGAGGAACCGAUGGAAUUGGAAGAAAUAGCAACAUCUUCUAGAGGGCCUUCGUCAUCGAUAGCAAAUCUGCCGGGACCAAGUACCUCUACAAACCAAACCAACAUUACAUCAGACUCUAAAAGUUGUCGAGAUGAUAAAAGUGAUGAUGAAGAAGCACAAAUGUGUAUAAUUUGUUAUGAGGUCUGGACAAACUCCGGAGAGCAUCGUUUAGCUUCACUAAAGUGUGGACAUCUCUUUGGCAAAAGCUGUAUAGAGAAAUGGUUGAAAUCAACUCCUAAGUGUCCUCAAUGUAACACCAAAGCCAAGAAGUCUGAUAUUCGAGUCAUCUUUGCUGGUAAAUCACUCAAGACGCUUGACACUACAGAGAGAGAUAGAGCUCUUGAAGAUCUCAAAAAAGAAAAGGAAGUGAGAAGGAAAGCUGAGAUUGAAAUGGCUCAGGCUAAUCUAAGAUAUCGUCUAGCUGUAGAAGAAAUGAACCGACUGAAAGGUCAACUCAAAUCACAAGAAGAUCGUAUCAGAAGUUCAUCAUCGCAAUCAUCGUCAUCGAUCAAACCCCAAUCUUCAACCAGUCAACGGAUCGAUGGUAUGAACCCAGCUAGAGGACAAUACGUCUUAGACAAAACCAUUCAAAUAUCACAGAGUGGCAAUUGUCGUGUGAUGUCUUUUGAUUCCUUUAACAAUGCGCUUGUUGUAUCAAUGCCUUCACCAAACCAACUCUUCCCUGGUUUCGGAGUUAAAAAGGUUAGCGCUACUGACCAUCGCUGCACACAAUAUGUCCCAAUUCAUACCUCAGUCAUCAGAUCAUUAACAUUCAAUGGAAGGAAUGAUGGCUUAAUGCUGACCGGAUCCACCGAUAAAACAUUGAAAAUGACAAGUCUCGUCAGUAAUACCGUGGUGCAAACAUAUAAAACAGAGGCACCAGUAUGGAGCUGUACAUGGAAUACAUCCGAUGUGAAUUAUGUCUAUGCUGGUCUCCAGAAUGGUUCUAUCCUAGUCUAUGAUACAAGACAGACGGCUAGCGAGGUUCACAAACUAUCUCUGGAUAAUUCUCGUUGUCCCAUCGUGGCGUUGACUUACGUACCUAAAGCUGCAGAUGCAUCACUUGGCUGUAGUGGUUUACUCAUGGCAUCUCUUGGUGGUAUGUCAUUCUGGGAACAGACAUCGGAACUAGAAUUCAAACCUCAUCUCCUACAAGCGGAUGGUAUCUGCACUUCACUUAGCUUUAGUAAUAAGAGUCGGCAUUGUUUAGCAUCAUUCAGACCCAACAAGAACCAUACUAUGACAAGACAUGUGAUGUGUGAAUUAAAGCAUGAGAAGGGACAAUCUACAUCUAGCAGGGUAGUAGCCUGUCAUCCAGUCCAAACCUUCUAUGGUGGUCCAACAAUGAAGGUUUUAUCUCGUUCAACAUUGUAUCAAAGCCCUUGCCAAUCUGAUCAACUCUUUGCAUGCUCUGGGGAUGAGGCUACUACUUCAGCCUUGAUUUGGGAUACAACAACUGGAUUACAGGUACAGAAACUGGUGAUAAACUCAGCCGUACUAGAUGUUUGUCCCUUCCAGUACAACGCACACAACCUACUGGCUGCUCUUACUGAUAAGCAAGUCAAACUGUACUCAUGGCAACCAAGUAAAUAAGGUAAUGAUUAGGGUAUGACACUUUGUGUUGAUGAGGACAUUGGGCUAGAAAUACAUGGAGACAUGUUGUAGUACCACAUCUAUUGUGAGCAAUGCUAUACACAGCUGUUGAAAUACAUGGAGACAUGUUGUAGUACCACAUCUAUUGUGAGCAAUGCUAUACACAGCUGUUGAAAUACAUGGAGACAUGUUGUAGUACCACAUCCAUUGUGAGCAAUGCUAUACACAGCUGUUGAAAUACAUGGAGACAUGUUGUAGUACCACAUCCAUUGUGAGCAAUGCUAUACACAGCUGUUGAAAUACAUGGAGACAUGUUGUAGUACCACAUCCAUUGUGAGCAAUGCUAUACACAGCUGUUGAAAUACAUGGAGACAUGUUGUAGUACCACAUCCAUUGUGGGCAAUGCUAUACACAGCUGUUGAAAUACAUGGAGACAUGUUGUAGUACCACAUCUAUUGUGAGCAAUGCUAUACACAGCUGUUGAAAUACAUGGAGACAUGUUGUAGUACCACAUCUAUUGUGAGCAAUGCUAUACACAGCUGUUGAAAUACAUGGAGACAUGUUGUAGUACCACAUCCAUUGUGAGCAAUGCUAUACACAGCUGUUGAAAUACAUGGAGACAUGUUGUAGUACCACAUCCAUUGUGGGCAAUGCUAUACACAGCUGUUGAAAUACAUGGAGACAUGUUGUAGUACCACAUCCAUUGUGAGCAAUGCUAUACACAGCUGUUGAAAUACAUGGAGACAUGUUGUAGUACCACAUCCAUUGUGAGCAAUGCUAUACACAGCUGUUGAAAUACAUGGAGACAUGUUGUAGUACCACAUCUAUUGUGGGCAAUGCUAUACACAGCUGUUGAAAUACAUGGAGACAUGUUGUAGUACCACAUCCAUUGUGAGCAAUGCUAUACACAGCUGUUGAAAUGCAUGGAGACAUGUUGUAGUACCACAUCCAUUGUGGGCAAUGCUAUACACAGCUGUUGA